UCCAUUUUCCCCCAGAUUCCGAUCAUCAAUUAUCAUCAUAUGUCCAAAUUUACCAUCCCCUUUUUUCAAUCGCAGUUUUAAACCCUUUCUCUAAUUUUGCAGAUAAACAAAACCUCGCAACGUUAAUCUCUCUCUCUAUAUAUACGAUUUUACCAACCCAAAUAGAAAACCCUCCAAAUUGGUGCUCCUACCAAACCCACACACUCUAUCUUUUUCAAGUUUCAUGAUCCUUACUGAUAAUUCCGAGCGACAUCCAUAAAUUCUAUCCAAUUUAUUUUGUUGGUUCCCAGAUUGAUUGGUAUCUAAUAUAACCCUUUUGUGUGUUAGGGUUUUGUUGACAAUCUUUUUACCGAUCUUUAUGAUCAGAGUUUCUGUUUAUCAUUUGAACUUCCCCACAAGUUUCUCUUCGUAGGGGUUGUUUCUAGGGUUUCUGGGGAGGAAGGAAUUGUUGUUACUUUUGACAAAUUUUCUGCCUCUCUUCUUUUCAAAUCAAAGUUCACACCUUUAGACUAUAAUCUCUUUAGGGUUUCUUAUACACUUUUGGUGCUCAUAUGUGUAUAUGCGAUUAUAUCUUUUUUGAUCUGAAGUCUAUACUUAGUUUUUACAAGCAAAGCUUCAGAAUUUUUUUGGGGGACAUUAAGAAGUCUGAACUUUUGUAUUAGGGGAGAUUGACUCACCUGGGAAUUUCGGGUGCUUAUUGCGUUGACUACCUUGAACCAGUGUAGUGGAGUAGCCUACAGUUGUCUUGCAUGGGCGACCAUGAGGAAUGGUCACGCGGCCUAUUGCCAAAUGGGUUAUUGCCCAAUGCAGGUCCAUUGCUAGAAAGUUUAGAUUCAGUUAGAUGGUUAAAGGCUGAAGAGAGAACGGCAGAGCUUAUUGCCUGUAUCCAGCCUAAUCAGCCAUCUGAAGAGCGCAGGAAUGCUGUUGCUGAUUAUGUACAAAGGCUUAUUAUGAAGUGCUUUCCCUGCCAGGUUUUUACUUUUGGGUCUGUACCCCUUAAAACAUAUCUACCUGAUGGAGAUAUUGACUUAACAGCCUUCAGUAACAAUGCAAACUUGAAAGACUCCUGGGCUAGUGAGGUCCGUGAUAUGUUGGAGACCGAGGAGAAAAAUGAGAAUGCCGAAUUUCGUGUGAAGGAGGUUCAAUACAUCCAAGCAGAAGUGAAGAUUAUAAAAUGCCUUGUUGAAAACAUUGUGGUAGAUAUAUCCUUUAAUCAGCUUGGAGGAUUAUGCACACUUUGCUUUCUUGAGGAGGUUGACAAUUUGAUAAACCAGAACCAUUUGUUUAAACGUAGCAUUAUACUGAUCAAAGCCUGGUGUUACUAUGAGAGCCGUAUACUUGGUGCUCAUCAUGGGCUUAUAUCAACUUAUGCCCUUGAGACCUUGGUUCUUUACAUAUUCCAUGUUUUCAACAAUUCUUUUGCGGGUCCUCUUGAGGUGCUUUACCGUUUUCUGGAGUUCUUUAGUAAUUUCGACUGGGAUAAUUUUUGUGUUAGCCUAUGGGGUCCUGUGUCGAUAAGCUCCCUUCCGGAUGUGACUGCGGAGCCUCCUCGUAAGGACAGUGGAGAGUUGCUACUUAACAAAGUAUUUCUUGAUGCUUGUAGCUCUGUGUAUGCUGUUUUUCCUGGUGGCCAGGACAACCAAGGGCAAGCUUUUGUUUCCAAACAUUUUAAUGUUAUCGAUCCAUUGCGUGUGAGUAAUAACUUGGGACGUAGUGUCAGUAAAGGUAACUUUUUCAGGAUACGCAGUGCAUUCGCUUUUGGGGCCAAAAGGCUGGCAAGAUUACUUGAUUGCCCCAAGGAAAAUCUAGUUGCUGAAGUGAAUCAGUUUUUUACUAAUACAUGGGAACGGCAUGGCAGUGGCAUCCGUCCUGAUGCACCUGGUACUGAUACACUACGUUUGAACUUGUCGGUUUCUGAUAAUCAGCCUGUCACUGAUAUCCCGAAGAUCAAUUCAAGUGGCAAAAAGUUCAAGGAAUUCAUUGGUCGUGAGAGUGAGUUUGAAGAACGAGUUUCUCGGAAUUCAUUCCGUCAACAUGGUAAUAAUCAGUCGGAAAGCACGGUUAAGACCCAAACCCAAAAGGGUCAUGGAAACUUAAACAGUUCCCGGAUGUCCAAUCAGGCUGCGACUGCUGACAGAGGACAGAAGAAUUUAAUACCUGGUCAAUUGGUCAAUGACAUUCAAAGGUCUCCGUUUGCUAGAACACGUUCCAGUCCUGAACUAACUGAAACAUACAAUGAUGUUUCUUCUCAAGGUAGGCUUAACAGAGCACCUGAAAGUGGAAAAAACCAGGCUCCCACUGACACACACGGUGGAUCAAAUAGUAGCUAUCGUAAUAGGAGGAAGAACGUUGAAGCUGAGUUACCGAAUCAUACUGGUCGAUCAUCGGGUGAUGAUCCCUCUUCUGUCAGGCAUGCUCCAACUCAUCUCGGGUUUGAUGCCUCUGUUGAUUCAAAUAACAGUCCAAUAUUGUAUCAACGUGAUUCAGUCUUGCAUUCCAUGGGUGAAGAGAUUUCUUCGACUGUUGGAGCACAGGGGAUGCAUCAAGAAGAGCAAGAUCUUGUGAAUAUGAUGGCAUCUUCUGCACUUCAUGGAUUCAACAGUGAGGUUCAUAUGCCAAUGAGUUUAGCAUCGGGUCAUUUACCGUUUCCAUUCUCGCCAUCUUUUCUAGCUGGAAUGGGAUAUGCGCAAAGGAAUAUGGCUGCUGGCAUGGUUCCUGCAAACUUUCCGUUGAUUGAUCCUGCAUUCUCUGGAAUGCAGUUUCCGCAUGGUUUGGUUUCUCCUCAAUUAACUCAUUUCUUUUCUGGGCUCGGAGUGACAUCAAACCCUGAAGAUUCAAUUGAAGUUGGUAGCGAAAGUUUUAAUUCUGUGGAAAUGAGUUCUGGUGAUGCUGACCAUGAUUCCAGGAGGGAACAGGAUGUGGGCUCCACCGGAGGCUUUGAACCUAAUCGUAUGAAUUCUGAAAUUGUUCCAUCAGAUGAUAAACGUCAGUCUUCUUCUGUUGGGUUGAAUUAUGUUCCUCCUCCUCGUCGUGUUGGUGGUUCUGGUGGUCUAGUCAGAAGUCAACAGAAGUAUAACAAGGAAAAACGUGGGCCAUUGAGGGACGGUCAUUCUGAUCAUUCCCAAUAUCAAGAUAAUCGAGGAAGUGAUGUUUUUUCUGAUGAACGAACCACCAGUUCAAGAUUCUCGUCUGUUGCUCACAGUAAUUCGUUAAAAAGUAAAACUUCCUCGGAGAGUUCGUGGGAUGAACCGUCAACCGUCCCCAAGUCAACGAAGGAAAAACGAGGGAAGAAAGCAGUUGUCUCUGCUGAGUCCUCUAGUGGAUACGUCAAAGGUAAGACGAUGUUUGAGUCUACGUCUGCACAGCAGUCAGAAGAUGAUGAUCAAGACUGUCUUCCUCCACCAAGUAUGGGAUCUGACACGGCCGACAGGAGCUUCGGACCCCAGUCCAUGGCUCCAAUACAUGUUCCAAGAUCUCACAUGAGUUAUGAACCGGCUCAGACAAGUGGGUCUGAGUCGAUGGUCCCUAUAGGUCCAAUGAUUCUAGGUCCUAAUUCUCGACAAAGGAUGAUGGAUAAUUCUGGAGCGAUGCCGUUGACAUUUUAUCCCACAGGGCCACCGGUUCCAUUCCUCACAAUGCUUCCAUUUUACAAUGUUCCAUCCCAGCCCGGACCAUCUGAUGCAUCAACAAGCCAUUUUGGUGUGGAAGAUGGUUUGGAUAAUGGCGAUAUCGGUCAGAAUUUUCAUCUUGAAGGGCUAGACCAGGCUGAGGAUUUCAGUCCUGAUUCCUUGAGAGGGGCUGCUCCUGGUGGGCCACAGGAUGAACGUAAGUCCGAUAUUCUAAAUAGCGACUUUGCUAGCCAUUGGCAGAAUCUGCAGUUUGGUCGGUUUUGUCAAAGUCCACGACAACAUGGGCCAACAGUAUAUCCUUCACCCCUUAUGGUACCACCAAUUUAUUUACAGGGCCGUGUCCCGUGGGAUGGCCCAGGUAGACCGCUACCGAACAUGAAUUUAGUAACUCAGCUAAUGAACUAUGGUCCUCGGCUGGUUCCUGUUGCUGCACCGGUUCAGUCUGUUUCCAAUAGACCGCCUAAUGUUUACCAGCGUUACGUGGAAGAACUACCGAGAUAUCGUAGUGGCACAGGGACCUAUUUACCAAAUCCUAAGGUUGCGGUAAGGGAUCGUCAUUCUUCAGGCUCGCGAAGGGGGAACUACAACCAUGAUAGAAAUGACAACCAUAUCGAUAGAGAAGGUAACUGGAAUGCUAAUUCAAAACCACGUGGUUCUGGCCGCAACCACAGUCGCAACCAAACGGAUAAAUCAAGCUCAAGGUUGGAUCGAUUGGCUGCUAAUGAGAGUCGGGCAGACAGGUCGAUGAGUUCAUAUAGACAUGAUUCAUUCCCUACAUACCAAUCCCAAAACGGUUCGUUGCAUCCAAGUGCCAGUAGUCAAAGUGGUCAAGCCAAUGUGGCCUAUGGCAUGUAUCCUUUACCAGCUUCAAACCCUGGUGGACCAUCGUCAAAUGGUUCAACCGUUCCUAAUAUGGUGAUGGUGUAUCCAUAUGAGCAUAAUACUGGUUUCACUUCUCAUACCGAACAACUCGAGUUUGGGUCGUUAGGUCCGGUAGGUGUUUCUGGAAUGAACGAGCAAUCCCAGCCAAGUGAUGGAAGUCGCCCAAGGGACACACUCGAGGAACAUAGAUUAUAUGGGACCUCUGUACAACGGUCUUCACCAGAUCGGCCGUCGUCACCCCGUCAUCAAAGGUUUUCUAGUGUUGAUAACAGGAGGGUUUGAUUCUGUCCCACAUCACUUGACGAAGAUGAUCGAUCAUCAGUUGACGGUGAAGAUUCUGACAGAAACAAAUAGAUGACGAUGACGAAAGUUGGGAGAUUUUGGUAUUUGAAUGACUGUAACAUGUUUGUGUGUAAACUGGGAAAGAUUCAUGUUCUAUCAACAACAGGGUUAGGGGUGGAUGGUAUUUCUUUCCAUUUUGUAGGUCAAUCAUAUGUACUUUUAUCACAAACUCUUUUCUGAGAUGUAGAAUUUUUUUAGGCAUCCACCCUGCUAAAUGUUUGUUGCUGUUCACUGUGUAUUAUUUAUAAAUUUAAUGGUCAUAGAAGAAUCAAAUGAACUAGUUUUAGUU